CUGCUAGAAAAUCAAAUAAUAUUUCUGCCACUAUUAACUUUACUAAUGUUAUUUCUCAAGUUCGCCAUAAUGACCAUCUUUCUGAACCUAACAAUACAAAUCUUAUACCUAUAAAUACGAAACACAAUGAUUCAUCUGAUACUGAUAAUAACACUAUUUCUCCUCCUUCUCUACAUACUAGAAAAGAAGUUGAUGUUUCUCCUAUUAAUUAUAAUGAUCCUAUUACAAUU